AUGGACCUCAACACUACUACACCUACUACUGCUGCUAGCAUCGACGAGACCUCUCUCUCCGCAUCUCCCGAACGUCGCAGUUCCCUGGAGAAGCAUCUCCAGCGUCGUCCCGACGUGCAGGAUCUCAAAGAUAGACAUAUCCUGCUCGAUACGAAUGUUGCUCCCUCCCUCCAAGCAACCCGCCAAGAACUUGCCCGCCAACGCACCACAGACGCUUUGAAGAAACAUCUUGAACAUCGGCCGGAGAGGGAGGAGUUGGUUGAGCGAAACAUCCUCCCCACCACCCACGCCGCCCCCGCACUGCAGGCCAAUGCCCGUGAGCUCGAGAAACAUAUGUUGGCUGAUCAUCUCGACCAUAAGAUUCAGAAUCGGCCGAAUCCUGAGGAUUUGAUUUCGCAGGGCAUUUUGACGGAGGAUGAGGAUCCGAGGUUUCCGGCUGUUUAGACUGCGGUGGUGGUUUGAUUGAUUGAUUGAUGAUGAUGAUGAUGAUGAUGGGUAAUGGGUGGAUGGAUAUGGUGUUUAGUGUUUUAUUUAAUUGAUUUGGUUUGAUUUGAGUGCUUCUGAUUUAUGAUGGUUGUUUCUGAAGAUAUUGAGUAUUUAGUAUACUCGUACAUGAUUGAUGAGGUAAUGGUCAUGCAAUGUUUAUUUUCAUGGUAAGUUAGUUGUUUGAUAUGCAUGUACAUCGUACAACAUCCAUCAACCCGAUAUUCCUUCUCAUC